GUGGAUUAAGACUACACAUAAUUUGUGCCUAUAUAAAGCCUCUUCCUCUUGUUAUUUUUCAUAUCGAAGAAUUAAUAGAAAAUCGAACGUUUGUUCACCAACUCUUGUGUGUGAGUUUACAUACAAAAUCGUGUUAGAAAUAGGACCAACAUCCGGGUUUCUUCACACCUAUCGUGUUAGAAAUAGGACCAACAUCCGGGUUUCUUCACAACUAUCGCGAAGUACGAAGGCAUCGGCGCGCGUAUUAGCAACCUAUCGCUUAGAGAUCAAGGCGUCGGCGCGGGUUUCGAAGCAAAUCGAGUUGAGACAGAUACACGAUCUUCAUCAUUG